GUGGGUCCCUCAGAAAUUUUUCGUAAGGGUGGACGCCUGGGGCUUCAGAAAACCCUAGGGUGGCACACCAAAAGCUAAAGCCGUGACUGAAUUUAAGUAAUUCGGUUAUGCUGAAGAAGUAUAUAGACGAGUUGAAAACUAUGUCAAAAAGAAGAGUUAAAGGAAUGGCACACUGUUAUGCUUUGGUUUCUCAUUUUACAGUUAAAUAUUGACAAUUAUUUGAUGUACGUAGACCAAUAUUGGCACAGUUAACACUGUGAGUUCCAGAACAGUACUGUUUUUAGGUGUUAGGUGAUUAAUUGUUCUUCUUCCGUCUGUCCUUUACAAAGACAAAUACGCAGCUUUAAUUUAAUAAUAAUACACUGGAUUUAUAUACCGCUUCUUUGGAUGCUCCAACACGCUUUACAGAGAACAAGAACAACAAAACAAAACAAGAAUGAAAUGAUCCAUAAGAAGGGAAACGAUGCACAGAGGGAGAAGAAGAACACAGUUUUUAGAGGUUGUAGGCAGUUUUAAAGAGGUGUGUUUGUGUUUUGAGGGAUUUUUUGAAGGUGGAGAGGGAGGAGGAGUCUCUGAUGUAUUUAGGGAGAGAGUUCCAGAGGGUGAGAGCAGCAAUGGAGAAGACCCUGCCCCCCCAGGUGUGGUGGUUAGUCCUGGUAGGGGGACAGGACGUUGGCAUCAGCAGACCUGAGAGCGUGGGAGGGAGUGUGCUAGCGGAGGAGCUCAGACAGGAAGUGACCGGAAAAUCGUUUGGUUGCAACGACUUCCGUGCGGCCUUAGAGAAUGGAGUCCUGCUUUGCGACUUGAUCAACCAGUUGAAACCUGGUAUCAUUAAGAGAGUAAACAGGCUUUCUACUCCCAUUGCUGGCCUGGAUAAUGUGAAUGUAUUCCUGAAAGCCUGUGGGAAACUGGGACUGAACGUGUCUCAGCUGUUUCAUCCCGGAGACCUGCAGGACCUCUCCACUCGCGCAAACCUCAGGCGAGAUGAAAGCAACAGAAGACUCAAAAAUGUUCUCAUCACAAUCUACUGGCUGGGUCGCAAGGCAAACCUAGAUGCUUUCUACAGCGGCCCUCAGCUGAACUUCAAAGCCUUUGAGGGGCUGUUAGGGUUGGCCUUGUCCAAGGCUCUAGAUGAGGGCAGUAAUGUGUUUGUGAAAGACAGCUGGUUCCCAGAGAGGACGAGCUACAAGACGGAGAACUCUGCAGAUGGCACCGACUCUCUAGAGUCCCGAGUCCUCCGCCCAAACAGUGACGGUUGUGGAAGUGACGCGGAAGCUGAGCAGGUGUUCAAGAUGGAGAACACACAGCCCUCCACCCCGCAAAACAAAGGUUGUAUUCAGGCACCACUACUCCGGGGAAAACAAGGAUGGGAGGCGAAUGGAAGGGGCUCCACAAGUCCGCUCUCCAGAGCAAAUCAAAUCCAGGUCACACGUGAGAGACCAGUUCAGGUCAACCCUGGCUGGAUUUGGAGCAAAUCACUCAGCGACAUCCCGAUGGUUUACCCUGUGCGUAAAGUUCCUGAUGGGAGCACCAUUUAUGAUGUGGACCAGGACGCUGGCAUGGCAGGAGAGUGGAAUCAAGAAGACAAACGCAAGUGUAGCGUUGCUGCCAAGGACAGUGAAGCUCAGUGGCACGAUGACUUGAAUAAGUGGAAGAAUCGUCGCAGGAGCACCAAGUCUGACCUCCGCAGGAAGUCCCAAGACAGAGAGCAUGUCAUUAACCAGAUGUCCAAUGGGUCUGUGACUAAGAGUGAAUCACAAGUUGGACUGCUAAAGAGAGACCAGCAGUCACCACGCAGACAUAACCCUGCCCCUCGUCCUUACCCCACCUCUCCCCCAACAAAAUCAUCCAGCUCUGAUCUCCGGCCACAUACUCGGGCUCUGCUGGCCCGCAGCUACGCCACAGAGGCACCUUUCAGCCCCACGGCUCCACUGAGCUCCCACAGCUCACCUCACACCCAGGGACCGUCAGUUGGAGCCAUGCCUGCCUCUGAUGGGAACAUCCUGGGAGAGGAGACCCACCUUGCCUCCUUGGCCUCAGAUGGAGCAGGAGUUACCACACCUUCUCUGGACUGCCCCUUCAGCUCCCAGACUCAAGUCACAGCACAGGGCAGCCCAGCUCCUACCCAGCCAACAUCUGAACUGGCUAAGCCUGAAAAUGUUUUUACAAACCAAAUCUCCACCCUGACCACAACUUUAAAGCCAAAUGUGACCACGAAGUCAACCAACACCAGGGAUCCACCUGGAUCCAUGUGGAGUCACAAGGAACUUCCAUCCUGCGCUGACGCUGUUAGUCCGCCAGGAGGUGAUCCUCAGGAGGACUUGUCCCACCAGAGCCACAAGUCUCAGGAAGAGAUCCAGAAGACAUCAGCGGAACCAGCUGUGGAACAAGGCAGAGGCCAGCAGGCUGCAGGCUCUUAUAAGUUCCUCUCCAGAGCUGGGUCGUGGUCCAGCUCAGCCAGCCUUCCUCGUGGUUACCGGAGGUCCGAGGGCUCGUCUCGUCUCUCCUCUGCAAUCACAGCCAGGCCCUUUGGGACCAAACAGUCCAGGGUGUCCUCACUUCCGAGACUGUGCAAUGUCGACAACAACCAGGGUGUGCUGCUGAAAAGUGAGAUAGAGGAAUCUCUCUCUCCAGCCACCAAAUCUUCCCUCAAGAGACAGACUGCGACCGCCCAUCUGGAGACUCCACACCAGGCUUCACUCACACACAGGCAAGCUCACCAGGUGAAGCAGAAUGGCACAGAGCAGGGAGAGGAGGUGAAAGCUGCCACUCUCUCCAGCCAGAUCUCCUUCCAAACCAAUGGCUACCACCAUCAGCCCUACACCCAAACCCAGCUACUACCACAGCCUUAUUCCAACCAGCAGACCCACUACAACAAAAGCUCGACCCUGCCAUCUAAGGCAAGCGUUGACCUCCUGAAGGUGGAUCACAGUGACAUGAGAGUGAGCCUGUCUCUAAAACCCAACAGCAGACCAGACUUUGGUUUCCAGACUCACUGGGACUCCACCGGGGCGAGAGUCAAGUACAUUCAACCUGGCAGUCCAGCGGAGCUUUGCCAGCUGUGUGUGGACGAUGAGAUUGUGGCUGUUAAUGGAGUUUCGGUGGCACACAUGAACUACAACCAGUGGAAGGAUAAAAUGACAUCUUCCCUGCAGACCGGCAGUCUGACCAUGGACAUUCGGCGCUAUGGCAACAAGGAUUGGAGCACCAGUGAGGGGAGUCAUCACAACCAGCAGGGCCAGAGCAGGGUGACCCUCAAUCUGACUACCGCAUCGCCCGUUCUGAUGGGCUACCCUGAUCACAAAGCCAACAGUGGUGCCUCUACAGAAACCGCAGUCAGGACAGUGUCCAAAUUCAAUGGGCAGACAGACAAUGUUUUACAGGGCAAAGUCAUGCACGGAGAGCUCGGUGACAACCACAAGACAGCCAGGAGUAAAGAUUUUGAUAAUAUUAGUAGGAAAAAUCAGAAAAGGAGGGCUGAAUUUUUCAAAGAGAAAGGAGGCUCAGAAUCUGCAAUAUCUGAUCUCCAGGUGCCAUCUCUCAGCCCCUCCUCAUCCAGCUGGUCGUGGGACCGCGAGGAGGAUCGAAGGCGUCAGGAGAAGUGGCAGGAAGAGCAGGAGCGCCUCCUACAGGAGCAAUACAGGCGGGAUCAGGAGAGGCUUGAAUCAGAAUGGCGGAGAGCACAACAAGAAGUAAAGGGGGAGCUAUACAGGAAGUCAGGGCAGAACACAUUUGAGAUGACCAAUGGAGGUGAGAGACCUGCCAGCGCCCAGCCACACGUGAAUGGGUUGACAAACAAAAGCAGAGAAGAGGAGCGGAGCCCCGACAGAAAUGAGCUGAAAGUGACGGGAUCAAAACCUCAAAGUAAAGCACAAGGAGAGCAGCAUGACAAGAUUACUGAGCACGCCUGGGCUGAAGACUCCUGUGGCUUUGCUCAGCUGUCUCCUGCACACAGGGCAAAGUCCUUAUCUACCCCAGCAUUAGCUGGCCCCCACCAACAGGCACGAGGUGAUGAGAAAAAAAGACUAGGACAGUCCGCAUCUAAGGCUGAGAUAGACAGGCAGCAGAUUCUGGAGGAGAUGAAGAAAAGGACUCAGCUUCUGACCGACAACAGCUGGAUACGUCAGCGCAGCAGCAGCUUUUACAAAGAACCGAUCUAUGUUGGGGUUCCCAUGAAGAGGUAUGAGUCUCUGGACAACCUGGACAUUGUGCGUCAGUCCCCGCUCUCGGCCGCUACGUUCAGCUACCCUCGUCCACACUCAGCUGCGGCAGGUUACUGCGCUCCGAGUAGGAACGCCUCUUCCCGCUACAGCACUGGAGCACUGUUAUCCCAGAGAAAUACAUUUGACUCCUCUCAUCCUGGCAGGAUGGUCAGUGGCAGGAGGACUUGCUGUGUGUGUGAGCGUGUCCUGGGUAGUGGGGCAGCCAUGGUCAUAGAGGCCCUUAGUCUCUGCUUCCACCUCGCCUGUUUCCAGUGUGUGGGCUGCCACCGACAUCUCGGAGGAACUGAGACUGGAGUCCAGGUUCGAAUCCGAAAAGGGAGGCCCCACUGUGAGCCCUGCUAUUUCAGACUCAAGUUCCCUGGUGCCCCCUCCAUGUGACCAGCAUGCCGUGCUCCAGAUCAUAGAGUGAGCAGCCGAAUCACCGGGAACUUCUUUUGGAAAAAACUAUGAAAGCAGUGGAAACAUCAGCCGCACAGCCGAGGCAUGACUCUUGUCUCCUGCAGCAAUUGCUGAUACAACGGUGCACUCUGUUGUGAUAAAAGGUCUUUUGUGGAUAUACAAGCAAAGUAGACUUAAAGGCUGUUUUUUAAUCAAAUAUAAUUCAUGUGGUACUUGUCUUUCUGAAGAAAAUGUAGAUUUAAUAUAUGAAAUAAAGUGAUUAUGGAAUUAUAGUGAUUGAUUAAUGCUUUUUUUCUGAUGCUAGUGUUGCCUUUUGUCAUAUAUUUGUGUUGUAUUUGAUAUUUGUCCAAUAGCACAUUAAAGAUAUACAAUUUUUCUCGUUGAUGUAACUGAUGAAAGGAGACACAUUUUAACUUGUACUGAUGCACUUUCUGAUCUGUUGUAAUCUCACCAGGUGCACUAUGGGAUAAAUCACUGGUACAUGUAACGUAUGUAUUUCUUGCGUGGAAGUGGGAAUCUUAACUGGAAUGUUUUUGUAAAUAAAGUGCACUGAACAUAA